AUGCAGAGGCAAGUCAAGCGAAAGGAUGUGAAGGGGUACGGAGGCAGCGGUGUACUCCGGACGUUCUCUGUAUAUGUCGAUGCUGAUGAUGAACCGGUGGAUGUUUGGGCACAAUUGGUAGAAACACAAUUUCCAGAUAUCAAAUUUUCCUCACUUGAUCGCCACUCAAGAGGUGAGCCAGCACACUGCACAAACGCCCAAGAUGUUUGA